AUGUCGUCGUCAAGAAAUGAUUUUCCUAUAGUUCAUGUAAAGAAUUAUCCAUUUGGAACAUCUAAUUUAGAGUUAUUUGAAUUUUUUGGCAAAUAUGGAAAUAUUCAUCAAAUUCGUACAAAUUCAUCACAACCAGGUACUUGUUUUAUUAUCUAUAAAAAUCUAAUAAAUGCUCAAAGGGCAGCUCAAGAAUUAAAUGGUGUUAAUUUUAAUGGAAGAUAUAUCAUAACUUCAAUGUAUCAAAUAGAUAAAUCAAAGAUUAAUCAACAAGAGAUGGAAUUAAGACAAGAACAAUUGAAUGAAUUAAAACAAAAAUACUCUAUUAAAUAG